AUGAUCUUUACGUCUUUAGGAGUCCUAGUAUUUGCGUUUGCGAAUUUUGUGUGCCAGGGGGGGGCUGCUAGACCAAGCAUUGCUGUCGACGACCACGAGUGGUCGAUUCGGACACAGCAGGACGCCAGCGAGUCAAAGAGGACAACACCACGGCCAGUGAACGUUGUCGUGGACAACCGGAUGCCCAGGGACUUGGAGAAAGUGGUGGUCGUUCACAAAUGGGUUGGGAUGUCGCCUCCGACCGAGGUUGUGGUUUGGGACGCUGUGCCGGCGAAUGGUGUUUCGACGCCGCGGACAAUAUUCAGCGAUUCUCCGUCGUUUCAUUCAGACUGGUGGCAGUUAACUUGGCGGUUCAAAAAAGUGCACACAACGAUGCAGAACGACACAGGCGUUCAGCGGUGUCCGGUUUGUGAGACGGAGGAUGGGGUUUGCGAGACCAACAUGAUAUCCAUCUCAACUUAG